UGCAGACCCAUCUCAGCUCUUAAAGCAUGUUUAUCCCUAAUAACCCAAAUGGGUUUCUUAGGUUUUUUUGUCUAAAAAAAUAAAAUAAAAAGUAAACUAAUCGCGGGCCACCACGAGUCAGUGGGGUCCGCGAACAGUGUAAGAAACUCACUAAAAUCAGUUCUUAAUUAGUAGUUUUUGUAACCGAUUCUUAAAGGUUUUGUAGAGGCACAUGCACUAAGAACAUUACUAAAAACCCCGGAUAAACAUGCUCUAAAAAGUUGUCUGCACCUAACCGAUCCUCACUGUUCCACUCCACUUUCUCUUUUUUAAAACAUUAAAUAAUUAUUAGGAACUUGUUGUCUUCAUCUCUCAGAUCAUCUUGCUAAUACUCGUAUUAUAUAUAACAAAUCAAACUCAGAUCAUCUUGCUAAUACAAUUUUGAAAAUUUCACCUUAUAGAAACAUGGAGAUUUCUAAUGGAAAAUUUUAAUUAUUUUAAUAAGAAACUAAGUGAACCGAUAAUCAGUUACCAAAAUUACUCAACCGUAUAUAAAGUAUAGGCAUAUUCAUAGUUUGACUUCAAUUCUUUUUAAUCACAACAUCAUCGCUAAAAAUUGUAAGAUUUUUGUGACAUUUCAUGAGAUAGAGGCUACAUCUUUUUUUUUGUUUUAAUGAAAAACAUAUUACAUAGUUGGAUGUGUUACUGAUGAUUUUGCAACUACUUCUAACGAUCUGAGAUGAAAUCAGCGUGUGGCUUUUGAGAAUGCCAUCUGUAAUGUUUAAGAUUUUUUGUUGCCUUAAUGUUUCUGUUAUCAAGCUUUCUUAAUAUAGGAGAGAGGAAAAAAAAACAGAACAGAAAAGUUCGUACCUUUGGAAUUUCAUUAGAUCUUUUAAUUUCAUUGGAUUCAAAUCAAUUGGAUCCGAUCCAUGUUUCUGCAACUGUACGAGUCAUGUUGUGAAAGGUCUUAGCUUUUGAUCAUAUGAAACCACGAGAAGACUUCUUGCGCAAGAAUCUUUUGUUGGUAUUGAAUCUAUUUAUCUAAUGGAGGAAGCAUCAACGUCGACAUCAACACCGGUGGCUGCGAAGCCAACCGUUGUUAAGAAGACAAUGUCGAAGCAAUUUACCGGAAAACGUGAAGAUUCGCCGCUCCACUCCGCUGUAAGACGCGGAGAUUUCUCUGCGGUGAAGAAGAUUCUGAUUGAUCAUAUUGAAUCAGAGGAGGAACUAAGAGAGUUGUUGCAGAAACAGAACCAAUGCGGUGAGACCGCGCUUUACGUGGCGGCAGAGUAUGGAGACGCCGAGGUGGUUGCAGAGCUCAUCAAGUAUUAUGAUUUAGAUGAUGCAGAGACCAAAGCUAGAAAUGGGUUUGAUCCUUUCCACAUUGCUGCUAAACAAGGCGAAUUAGAGGUUUUGAGAGUACUAAUGGAAGAACAUCCGGAGCUAGCAAUGACGGUGGACUUAUCAAAUACGACAGCUCUACACACGGCAGCAGCUCAAGGACACGUGGAGGUAGUGGAGUACCUUCUUGAAGCCGCAGGGAGUAGCCUAGCGGCGAUUGCAAAGAGCAACGGCAAAACGGCUUUACACUCAGCGGCAAGGAACGGUCACGCGGAAGUAGUGAAAGCUAUAGUGGCUGUUGAACCAGACACAGCGACAAGGACCGAUAAAAAAGGUCAGACGGCACUUCACAUGGCGGUGAAAGGACAAAGCCUUGAUGUUGUCGUUGAGCUAAUGAAAGGGCAUCGGUCCUCGUUGAAUAUGGUUGAUUCUAAAGGGAACACUGCGUUACAUGUUGCUACUAGGAAAGGUCGCACUAAGAUAGUGGAAUUGCUUCUAGAGAACAACGAGACAAGCACAAAAGCGAUAAACAGAGCCGGUGAAACGCCACUCGACACGGCCGAGAAAACCGGCCACCCCCAGCUAGCCGCGGUUCUCAAAACCCGCGGCGUUCCCUCAGCUAAAUCCAUCAACAACACUACUCGCCCAAACCCGGCGCGUGAGCUCAAACAAACUGUGAGCGACAUCAAACACGAGGUUCACGACCAGCUAGAACACGCAAGAGAGACAAGGAAACGCGUUCAAGGAAUCGCCAAACGCAUAAACAAAAUGCACGUCGAGGGUCUAGACAAUGCCAUUAACUCCACCACAGUCGUCGCCGUUCUAAUCGCCACGGUCGCGUUUGCCGCUAUUUUCACCGUGCCGGGACAAUACGCUGACGAACGGAGUUCCCUCACUCCGGGACAAUCUCUUGGAGAAGCUAACAUCGCGGAUAAUCCAGCGUUUGCGAUUUUCUUUAUAUUUGAUUCCAUCGCUCUUUUUAUAUCUUUAGGGGUUGUCGUGGUUCAAACAUCGGUGGUUGCUAUUGAGCACAAGGCGAAAAAGAAUAUGAUGGCUAUCAUAAAUAAGCUGAUGUGGCUAGCUUGCGUUUUGAUAUCAGUAGCGUUUUUGGCAUUGGCGUUUGUGGUCGUUGGUGAGGACGAGAGGUGGCUAGCGGUUGGAGUAACGGUGUUUGGUGCGACGAUAAUGCUCACGACACUUGGGACUAUGUGUUAUUGGGUCAUUAGGCAUAGGAUUGAGGCUUCGAAUGUAAGAAGCGCGAGGAGAGAGUCAAUGGCAAGAACGAGACAAUCAGGAUUGAUGGAUUUUUCUGGGAUUUUGACAAAGAGAAUGUAUGCUAUUUAGUGAUCAAGAGACAAAGAGUAUGUGUUGAGUUAACGUCUCGAUCUUGAUACCGUGUGGAAUAAAUAACGAGGUUAUUUCUUGAAAUCUUUGUUUGUGUUAUUUGGUUUCGAGGUCAUCAUUACUAGUGUUAACAUUUAAAAUCAAAGUCUUCUUAUUCUAAACAGAACAUGUCAAUUAUAUAACAUUUUAAAGAAAUAGUUUAAAAAAUUUAAAAGUAAAAAUAUAUUUCAAUCGAAACAUGUUUUUGAUGCAAUUUUAUUAUAUUUGCUAGUUGAUAAGUGAAUGGCGUCACCCGCUUUCCAAAAUAACUUUUAGAAAUUAGCUUGUGUCGACAAUUUUUGUUAAUGUAUUAUAAUUUUAUUUUGUGAUAUGCUAAACCACUUUUAAAAAACUGUAACUAUAUACACUUGUCUAACACAAACUUACAUAUUCAACUAAACCAUAUAUUGAUCUUGGAAAAUUAAUAAAAUUUGUAUCAACACCAAAAAAAUUUAAUAUUAAUAUUUUAGUAGCAAACAUCUAAUUCCAAAAUCAGGUUUGAACACCGGUGUAAUACAAAAUAGUAUAGCUACUUACUUACCUAUAUAAUUUGAAGAUAAUGAUAAUAAAACUAGAUUGAAAUGGUUACAGAGAAUAGUAAGUAUCACUGAUAUGAAUGAAAUAAUCAUAUACAUCAACAAACAAAAUUCACAUGAAAUGAGUUAGUUUACAACGAUUUGACGAAUAUAUGUCAGCGUAUCUUUAUCCUAAAUAUAAUUGUGAAAGUUAAUUUUUCAAAAACAUUAUCUAAAUAGUCAAAAUGCUAAAAAUGUGACAAAGAAGCUGACUUUUGGCUCUUAUAACUCUUUUUGAACAAAGGCUGUGCAGCUCAUCUAGAUUUGUAAGCAAAGUUAUUUCUCUGUUGAUACUUACCACUUUAUGUGGCCGUAUUUGACAUACUUGAUGAUUUGGAACAAGAAAGAUGUCAUUUUAUUUAAGCAUAAACUUCUUUUGUCAACAACUUUUUCAUUGUCUAUGAAUCAUUUCUCAUCAGUAAAGAUGUGUUUGCAUUAUUGUAGACCUCAUCUCGUUUAAAUGGAGAAAUAGAAAGGUAUAUGUUCUCUUGAAAAUAUUUGGUUUAGGUUUAUUACAUCAUUUUAAUAUUAAUUUGAGUGAUACAUUCUGAGUUUAUUCGCCAAAUUGAAAAGAAAAUAGUUGAUUUUACUUUCAAAUGAUUCAUUAAUGACAAAAGUUGUUGAUUUUUAUA